AUGUCUUGUAUACAAAAUAUUUCAUUAAUAACUGUUCCAUUAUCCAUCGUGUUAACAACAUUAAGUAUUGUUUUACCGUACUGGUGGUCAACUGAAACAUUUAUUGUCGGAUUUUGGAGAGCUUAUUACCAUCACACAUGGAUUAUUAUCGAUCCACAAUUAGAUUCUCAACCAGGUAGGAAAGAGAGACAAACCAAUCCACAAAGGGAAUGUCGUUUACUAUAUUCAUUACAAUUAUUAUCAUUUUUCACCGUAGUUCUAACUGAUUUAUCUAUCAUACUUUGGUUAAUCGAUUUGAUACGUCGUGAAUAUAAGUAUUUAAUUAGUCUAAUAUGCACCAUGAUUACUUGUUGGUUUUUGAUGGCCAUAUUGUUAGUUUUAACAUUUUAUACUACGACAUUGAAUAGUACAGCAAUUCAAAUAAGAUUAUCAUAUUCGUUUUAUUUGGCAUGUUCUGUACUCUUACUUCAUUCACUAACAAUUGUCAGUUUGACCAUUAAAUUUUGUAUAUAUCGAACAUCGAGGCGUUUCAUUACACCAUCAGGCAUUUCUCAACUAACGACACUAGAUAAAACAAAAUUAGCAUUUAUUGACGUGUAG